AUGUCGAAUGGUAGUGGAGAUCAUGAUGAUGAAGGUUAUGUGGUCAAAUUACGUGGACUUCCAUGGUCUACCACUGUUGAUGAAAUUAUGAAGUUCUUCAGUGAUUGUUCUAUCUCAAAUGGUAAAAAUGGUGUUCAUAUGACUAUGUCAAGAGAAGGCCGUCCUAGUGGAGAGGCUUAUGUAGAAAUGGAUACACCUGAAGAUAUUGAAAAGGCUUGUAAAAGAGAUAGAGAUCAUAUGGGUCAUCGUUAUAUAGAAGUCUUUAAAGCAAAAAGAGGUGAAAUGGAGUGGGUAGUCAAAAGAAGUGGUUUCAAUCUGGAAAAUGCUAUGGAUGAUGCUUGUGUGAGACUACGCGGUCUACCAUUUGGAUGCUCUAAAGAGGAAAUAGCACAAUUCUUCUCAGGGUUGGAGAUAUUGCCGAACGGGAUUUCACUACCGACAGACUACACGGGCCGCAGUACUGGGGAGGCUUACGUUCAAUUUGUUAACAAAGAUGUUGCGGAGCGCGCUCUGCAGAAACACAAGGAAAAGAUAGGACACAGAUACAUCGAAAUCUUCCGAAGCACUUUGUCCGAAGUACGUGCUAGCAUCGGGCCGAAAAUGCGAGGAGGUCCAAUGGGUGGUUUUAAUCAAAGACCCGCUCCCUAUGACCGAGGUGCUCGUUUCGGUGGGAUGAACCGUUUUAGCAAUAAUGGCAGAGGUUCUAGAAAUAGAGAUUUUGAUGGCGGCCCAUGGGGAAGCGGUAAUAACUUUGACUCGCGUGGAGGCGGUAUGGGUAUGAGAGGUGGUUUGGACAUGAAAGGUGGAAAUUUCCGAGGCAGUGGUGAUACAUGGGGUGGCAAUUCUGGAAUUCAUAGUAUACACAUGCGUGGAUUACCAUUCAAAGCUACAGAACAAGAUAUAGCUGAUUUCUUUAGACCUAUUGAACCUGUAAAUGUUCGAAUUAUCCUUGAAAAUGGUGGACGUCCUUCUGGAGAGGCUGACGUAGAAUUCGCUACUCACGAGGAGGCUGUCAAAGCAAUGUCCAAAGACAAAAGUCACAUGUCUCAUAGGUACAUUGAAUUAUUCCUAAAUUCAACUGGUGGUUCAAGUGGAAUGUCAUUAGGUGGUAUCGGUAAUUUCUGCGGAGGUUUGGGCAAUAACUUUAGGCCAGGAUAUUCUCCAAAUAGAGGCUUCAGUUCCCAGUUAGGAGGAAGCAAUUAUAAUAGUUUUUGAGGUCGGGUGUCGCGUUUCUUACGCCACCGACGAUAAACUGUUUCGUAAAUCAAAGUUUUGACAUACUGAAUUAUAACAUCGAUGAAACCUUGUUUUUGUAUUGGAUUCAGUUAGAAAUUAAUUGUUUUACAAAUUAUAUACACGAUACUCGUAAACAAAACAUAAAGAUUAUGUUUCGUUUUGAUAAAACGUUUGUGAACAUUGAUCAGUUAAAUAUUUUUUUUUGAAAAAUAAUUUUGAUAGAUCACAAGUUACUAUGUUCCAUUUCUUUUUUCACUUUCAUUUGUUUGUAUAAAAAUUGAUAAUUAAAUUAUAAUGAACUUUUUCAAACCAUUGGCGUAAUGCGUAUUUUAAUUAAUAAUUUAUACAACUUUAUAAAAGACAACACAUACUCUUAUAAAUUAUCUUUAAAAAAGUAUUGAAUAGUUUUUAUCGCUUAGAUUAUCUUCUGUUUCUACAUGUUGUAUAUUGUACAUCUGUUGUUUAAGUCUUCAGAAAAGUGUUCCAAAUUCUAAUAGUACUAGAGAAUAAGCAUAUUUAUAAAUUAUAUAACUGCUUCAACACCAAGUUAUUGAUAAAUUUAGAAAUAACGAUUUCAUUCGUACGAGAUAUAGUUAGUUUAUAUUAAAGAAAACCACUCAACGAUUACGAUCCAUAUUGUAAUAUACUAUCCAAAUAAUAAUUCACAGUUACAUUUAUAAAGUUUAUGUUGAUUUUAUGAAAUACAAUUGUUCUAAAUGAUACAUAAGGUAUUUCAAAUGAAGAAAAUGUUUAAUGGUAUGAUAAAUAAUUUAGUGUAUUUUAAAUGCUAUUAAACUCUAUUCCAUGUUUGGCAUUUAAAAAGUUAGUUCUGCAAAUUCAAAUUAAUUUCACUUAUAGCAAGUUGAAACAACUUCAAAAUAUUUCACUAGGCAUAAGUGAACAAGAAUAAAACUCUCUUUUCAUUGUGGAAAUGAAUGUUGUAAACAAUUUGGGAAUGGUUGUAUUCAUUUAGGACCUUAUAUUUUGUAUGUGAGAAGGAUCUAUAUUCAAAAGGUAAAUGUAUCCUUAUAAGUUAUUAACUUGUGCAUGAAAUUACUAGGAAUGGAGUAUGAUAUGAUUCAUGUUUUAUAAAACGUAAUAAUAAAUAUCUUGAUAAGUAAA